AUGAACAAAUAUUUUUCAAAGUUCAUUCAAUGUUUCUUCACCUAUGAUGAUCAACGAACAAACAACGUUGAAGCGGGUACUGUUGUUGAUCUUCAUAUAACACAUAUAUCUCAAUUUGAUUUUUACUUAUGUUCACAAGCGGCUAUAAUGGAAACACCACGUCCGGCACUUUAUCAUGUGCUCCAUGAUGAAAAUGGUUUUCGCAGUGACAAUAUUCAACAAUUAACAUAUUGGCUUUGUCAUACAGAUGUUCGAUGUUCGAAAUCAGUUUUAAUUCCAGCUCCAGUACAUUAUGGUCCUUUAGCUGCCGAAGAUGAUAAAAUUGCAUCGGAAACAAUCUCACUUGAAGAUAUACGAACACAAGUGAUGAUACUUGAUAACAAUAUACAAGAUACAAUAUGGUUCGUUUAA